CAUUUGACAAUAUCUAUAUCACUCCUCACUCUGGUAGAGUGCCAGACACAUCUCUACUGCAAUCAGCCAGGAGUCAUCAAGGAAGAGACUCGACAAGUUCAGUCACCAUGGGGUCAGGAACGCCCUCCAUGUCGGGGAGUUGUCUUUGCGGUUCCAUCAUAGUCACGAUCCCGAAACCUCAAACCGUCCUCCGCACAAUGGCGUGCCAUUGCACACAUUGCCGAAAGGGAGCCGGUGGACCGUACCAGACGAACGCCGCAUUCAGGUCAACGGAUGUCGACAUUCGAGACGAAGCUUCCAAGCUGACAAAGUACACAUUUCCUGGCGAUGAUGUUUGCAGCGGGUAUUCCAAGGAGAAAUGGUUCUGCAAUACCUGCGGCUGUACCAUUUUCAUCCGACCGAUGAAACACGAUGGCGAUGUCGUGGUUUUGAAGACGAGCAUCUUAGAGAGAGAUCUGGAGAACUGUCUGAGGCCGAAGAUGGAAUAUUUUGUCACAAAACGAUGUUCUUAUGUAGCCUCGAUUCCGGAAGCGAAGCAAUUCGAUGCCAUGCCUUGAAGGAAAAUUUGAGAAGAUCGACUAUCAAGGGCUUUCAGGUAGUUUUAGGGACAAGAAACAAACGAGGUAUGAACGAAUAGACCCA